AUGAAGUUUAUGAAACUUGGAUCUCGACCGGACACUUUCUAUACUACUGAGGCUGUGAGGUCUGUGUCAUCUGAAGUUUCCAGUGAUCUUAUUGUUCAAGUUAAGGGAACCAGAUAUUUACUUCACAAGUUUCCCCUGGUGUCAAAGAGCUUGCGCCUCCAGAGGCUGUGCUUGGAAAGUCCCGAAUCCUUGCAAAAACAAAUGGUCCAACUCCCUGAUUUACCUGGAGGGGACGAGGCAUUUGAACUGUGUGCUAAAUUCUGUUAUGGUAUUACGAUCACUCUUAGUGCCUACAAUGUUGUCUCGAUCAGAUGUGCUGCAGAAUACCUUCAAAUGACGGAGGCUGUUGAGAAGGGAAAUCUAGUUGCCAAGGUUGAAUUGUUCUUUACUUCUUGCAUACUUCAUGGAUGGAGGGACUCAAUUAUAACCUUAAAGAACACAAAAGCCUUCCCUGUCUUGUCUGAGGAUCUUGGAAUAACUAGCAGAUGUAUAGAAGCCAUUGCUUCACAAGUUAUGGCUCGUCCCACGAAGGCAAGUUCAUCACGUGAAUAUUCAAAAAAAGGCCCAGACAACGGAUUAUGUAAUGAAUCAGAGAGCCAAAGACAUAAAUCUAACACUAAAGGCUGGUGGACUGAAGAUGUAGCAGAAUUGGGGAUAGAUCUUUAUUGGAGAACAAUCAUAGCCAUUAAAUCUGGUGGAAAUGUUCCCUCAACUCUAAUCGGUGAUGCAUUACGAAUUUAUGCCUCUCAAUGGCUACAAAACAUAUCGAGGUACUCAUAUAUUGAAAGAAAAUCAGAAUCAAAACAUAAGCUACUGUUGGAAUCAAUUGUGAGCCUUCUACCAGAAGAAAAAGGCGCAGUUUCAUGCAGUUUUCUAUUGAAAUUAUUGAAGGCAGCCAACAUGCUAAAAGCCUCUUCCUCUUCAAAGAUAGAAUUGGCACGAAAAGUGGGACGACAAUUGGAAGAAGCCAAAGUUAGUGACUUGUUAGUACCCUCUUUAUCAUACACAAAUGGCCUGAAAUAUGAUGUUGAUAUUGUUUCGACCAUAUUGGAACAGUUCAUGAUACAAGGACAGAAUCCCCCAACAAGUCCUCCUAGAACCGAAGGGCUUGACUUGGAACAAAAAUGGCCUAAUUCCUCCGAAAUUAUCGAAUUUCAGCUUCAAGAAAGUAGGAAAUCAACUUCUGCAUCACAUAGCUCCAAACUCAAGGUGGCUAAACUUGUGGAUGGAUAUCUUCAAGAGAUAGCUCGAGACGAAAAUCUGUCUCUGUCUAAGUUCAUUGCAAUUGCAGAAGCAAUUCCGGUUCUUGCCAGAUUUGAACAUGAUGAUCUUUACAAGGCUAUUGAUAUUUAUCUAGAGGGACAUCCAGAACUCAAUAAGAGCGAAAGGAGGCGCCUAAUUCGAAUUUUAGACUGCAAGAAAUUAUCAAUAGAAACUUGCCUGCAUGCUGCACAAAAUGAGAUGCUCCCUCUAAGAGUGGUAGUGCAAGUUUUAUUCAUCAGUAUGCUUCGCAGCAGGCCUAAAAGAGAUCUUUGUUUAAACGGGGUAAAUUAUUGA